AUGUCCCCUUCUCUUUCCAAUAAUCUUACACUUCCUCUUCCACCAACUUCUUCCCCUCACCAUUCUGAUUACUCUGAAUCAGAUCGCUUGAAUGAGCACAUACUUCCUUGUCCACUAAUGGCUCCCCAUGUUGCUGCACAUUCUCCUCCACCAUCUCCUUCCCAUUCUCUUUCCUCUGAAUCUAAUCGUUCAAGCGAUCAUACACUUCCUCGUCCACCAACUCCUUUCCUUACCCAUACUCAUUCCCUUUCACCAUCUUCCUCUCCCCAUUCUCUUUCCUCUGAAUCAAAUCCAUCCUGUUAUUGUAUAUUUUCUUCUCCAUUAACUCCUUCCCCUACCCUGACACAUUCUCAUCAAUCAACAUCUUCCCCUCACCAUUAUCUAUCCUUCAAAUCAGAUCGCUCUAAUGACUGUCCACUAACUGUACCUCCUGCCGGUACACAUUCUCUUCAAUCAUCUUCCCCUCAACAUUCUCUUUCAUCUGAAUCAAGUCGCUCAAGCGACCAUACACUUCCUCGCCCAUUAACUCCUUCCCCUACUCAUAAACAUUUCACUCCACUAAACUUUUCCCCUUGCCUUUCUCUUUCCUCUGGAUCAGAUCGGUGGAGCGACCAUACUCUUCCUCGCCCAUUAACUCCUUCCCCGACUCGUAAAUAUUUCACUCCACCAAACUUUUCCCCUUGCCUUUCUCUUUCCUCUGGAUCAGAUCGGUGGAGCGACCAUACUCUUCCUCGCCCAUUAACUCCUUCCCCGACUCGUAAAUAUUUCACUCCACCAAACUUUUCCCCUUGCCUUUCUCUUUCCUCUGGAUCAGAUCGGUGGAGCGACCAUACUCUUCCUCGUCCAUUAACUCCUUUACCUACUAUUCCUUCUCUUCCCCCAAUUUCUUCCCCUCCCCAUUCUAUUUCCUCUGAAUCGGAUCGCUCUAGCGACCGUACACUUCCUCGUCCACUAACUCCUUCCCCCAUCCGUAAAAAUUUCACUCCAACAACUUCUCUCCAUUACCGUUCCCUUUCCUCUGAAUCGGAUCGAUCUAGCGACCGUACACUUCCUCGCCCACUAACUCCUUCCCCCAUCCGUAAAAAUUUCACUCCAUCAACUUCUCUCCAUUACCGUUCCCUUUCCUCUGAAUCGGAUCGAUCUAGCGACCGUACACUUCCUCGCCCAUUAACUCCUUCCCCGACUCAUAAACAUUUCACUCCACUAAACUUUUCCCCUUGCCUUUCUCUUUCCUCUGGAUCAGAUCGGUGGAGCGACCAUACUCUUCCUCGUCAAUUGAAUCCUUUACCUACUAUUCCUUCUCUUCCCCCAAUUUCUUCCCCUCCCCAUUCUAUUUCCUCUGAAUCGGAUCGCUCUAGCGACCGUACACUUCCUCGUCCACUAACUCCUUCCCCCAUCCGUAAAAAUUUCACUCCAUCAACUUCUCUCCAUUACCGUUCUCUUUCCUCUGAAUCGGAUCGAUCUAGCGACCGUACACUUCCUCGCCCAUUAACUCCUUCCCCGACUUAUAAACAUUUCACUCCACUAAACUUUUCCCCUUGCCUUUCUCUUUCCUCUGGAUCAGAUCGGUGGAGCGACCAUACUCUUCCUCGCCCAUUAACUCCUUCCCCGACUCGAAAAUAUUUCACUCCACCAAACUUUUCCCCUUGCCUUUCUCUUUCCUCUGGAUCAGAUCGGUGGAGCGACCAUACUCUUCCUCGUCCAUUAACUCCUUUACCUACUAUUCCUUCUCUUCCCCCAAUUUCUUCCCCUCCCCAUUCUAUUUCCUCUGAGUCGGAUCGCUCUAGCGACCGUACACUUCCUCGUCCACUAACUCCUCCCCCCAUCCGUAAACAUUUCACUCCACCAAGCUUUUCCCCUCACCUUUCUCUGUCAUCUAAAUCAGAUCGGUGUAGCGACCAUACUCUUCUUCGUCAAUUGAAUCCUUUACCUACUAUUCCUUCUCUUCCCCCAAUUUUUUCCCCUCAUCAUACUCUUUCCUCUGAAUCGGAUCGCGGAUCACCAGUAAGUAUAUUCAUAUAUGGUAACAAACAUUUGAUAAUGAUUUAG